AUGUUUAAGAAUAAUAAUAAUAAUUUAUUCGCUUUUUCACUUUAUGGAAAUGAAAAUGAAGUGGAUACAAAUGAUAUUCAUGUAAAAGAAAAAAUAAAUAAUUAUAACACAACAAGCCAUAUUAUAUCCGCUAAAGAAUUUAAUAGAGAAUUUUUAAUAAAUAGAAAUUGUUCAGGAGAUAAUAAAAAUCUGACAUAUAUAAAUGGCAACGGAAAAUUAAUAAAUGACUACAAUGAAAAUGGUAGUAAUGCCAAUAACAAUAAUGACAAAAUCAUAAACAACCUUAACAGUAAUAAAAUUAUUAUGAAUAAUUAUGACAAAAAUAUAAAUCUUAAUUUUCACAUGAAAAAUAAAAGUAAUGAUAAAAUUAUUUAUGAAAAUAUGAGCAACAUUGAAAAUUCUGAUAAAGCAUAUAUAACUAAUAAUGUUAAAAAAUUUUUAGGAAGUUUUGAUUUUUUAAAUUUUAAAAGUAAAAAUGGUUUACCAAAAAAUGGAAAAAAUAAUAAUACUGAUAAUAAUAAUCAUUAUAUAGGUAGCGAAAAUAUUAAUCCAAACCAAUAUAAUAAUAAUAAUAAUAAUAAUGCAUAUAAAAAUAAUGACAUAUCAAUCCAUUAUGGUGUUAAUAAUAGUAACAAUAAUAAUAAUAAAUAUAAAGCAGAAAAAAUGUUAAAUCAUUCUGAAUAUGAAAUAAUAAAUAGUAUUAGCAACAAUAGUAGUCAUGCCAGCAAUGUUGGAAUGCCAAAUGAAGCUAGCUAUAAUAAUUUUCUUCUAAGAAAUAGUAAUAAAAAUAUUAAUAGUGAUAAAAAUAUUGGAAUUAUUAACAAUAAUAUGAAACUUCAUAACAAUAUGGAUAUAAAGGAUCGAUUAAAUAAUAUGAAAAGAGAAAAAAUUGUUUAUGAUAAAGAAAAAAAAAAUAUUGAUGGAGAAUACCUUGCUCAUGCAUGUAAUUAUGAAAAAAUAAAAAAUAAUAUGUACACACUCCCCAAAAUGGAUAAAAAUUCUGAACAAGUCAUAAAUAAUAAUCAAAAUUUUUAUGGAAUGGAAAAAAAUAUUUCAUCAUGUGUAAAUGGAUAUGGCGAUAAAAAUAAAUCAGAAUACCCAACAUAUGUUCCAUAUUAUAAUUAUGAUAAAAAAAAAAGAGGUGUAGAAGCCGAUAAAGGGCAAGGAUAUAAUAUUCCCUGUUUUUAUGACAUUAAUCAGGAUAAAAUUGAAAAUAGAAUAAAUCAAAAAAAUAGUUUUAUAAUUGAAGAAUUUGAAAAAAAAAAUCAAAGCCUUCAAAAUAGUAGUAAUGGAAGUGGAAAUUUUAUAUAUGCUAAUGCUUUAAAAGGGUAUAAUAAUGAAAAUACAUAUCAUAAAAAUUCACCUGAACAAAAUAAUUGUAUGCACAUAAAAAAUAUGACUCCCCAUAAUGGUAACAACAACAAUCACAACCUUAAUAAUAAAAAUAAUUACGGAGCAAAUAAGUUAAAUGCAUAUAUGAAAAUCGAUCAAACAGAUGAUAUAUAUGGUAUUGGAAGAGAAUAUGAAAUGCAUAAUGAUAUAUAUGAAUCUCGUGGUAUACCAUCUAGUCAUUUUAAUAAAGAAAAAGAAGAUGAACAACAUAUUAAAAGAUUAAUAAAAGCUAGCUCGAAAAAAAUGGUAAAUGGCAACACUGAUAAUUGUAAUAAAAUGAUGGAAUAUGAUGAUAUAUUUUUCAAUAAAAAAGAUAUAUUUCCUAGUAAUAAUAUUAACAGCCAAAUAGGAAAAGAAAAUGAUAUGUCCCAUUAUAAUAAUAAUAAUAAUAAUAUUGGAUAUGAUAAUAAUUAUGCUAAAAAAAAUAGUAAUAACAUGAACAAUGCAUGUUAUGGAAAUUAUAUAAAAGAAGAAUAUUUGAUACAUUUUAUUAAAGAAAAAAGAAAAAAACUUGAAGAAGCAAAAAGAAAAGGAUAUAAUAAUGAUGAUGGUCAAGAUGAAUUAUUAAUUCAAGAGAAUUAUAUAAACAUGCAAAAUGGGCAUAAUAAAAAUAAUAUGGCAACUUCAAACAAUAACUAUAAUAUGAAAAAUUCCGAUGAUGAUUCAAACAGUAGUAGUACCAAUAGUGAAAAAUAUAGAAAUGCCAAUCAAAAUAGUAAUAACAAUAAUAAUGAAAUAAAAAAAUAUAUCUUUCAAAAUAAUAAUGGAAAAAGAGGUAGUGUUGAUGCACAUUCUAUUAUUAGAAAUCACCAGAAUGGAAAUGGAUUGACAGGGGAAGGAGGACCAGCAUUAUUAAAUGGUGGAGCUCUAACAAAUAAUAGCACAAAAAAUAAUUCAAAAUAUAUUAUCCAUAGUAGUAGUGAUAAUUCAAUUACAUGUUAUAAAGAAAACUGUUUAAAUAAUGAAAAUGUUGUAUAUGAUGAAAAGAAUAAAAUAUUUAAAACAAAAGAAAAUUGUAAUAUAAAAAUAUAUAGAAGAUGUUUAGAAAAAGAAAGGAUGUUAAAUAUUCCAAUUAUACAUUUAGGUGAAAAUGAUAUAAUUGUAAAACAUAUAAAAUUAUAUUAUCCAUUAAAAAAUGUAAAUAUAUUUACUAAAAUAUCUAAGAUAAUAUUUAUGACAAAUGCAAAUAUAUGUUCAUUAUAUUUAAGUGAUAAGUUAUUGAUAGACUAUCAUAAUAUUAAAAUUCAAUCUUAUCUAUCAAAAGGUGGAUUUGGAGUUGUAUAUAAAGGAAUUUUGUUAAAAAAAGUAAAUAAAUAUGAAGAAAUGCUUGAUCAAAGUUCAAAAUAUACCAACGAUACACAUACCGGAUUAGAUGAUGAUCAUAAUGUUGAAAAAGAAAAUAAUAAUAUGAUUGAAAAGGAUGAGAUGGCUGACCAAAAUAUUCAAAUUAAAAGAAAAAAAAUGCUUAUAAAUAAGCAACAAGAAAAUAAUGACAAUUGUAAUAAUGAAAAUGGUAAAGAUCAGAAAAAUGGAAAUAAAAAUUUAAACAUUUGCUAUAAUAAUAAUGAAAGAGAAAAGGACAUAGAAAAUCCAAAUUAUGAGCAAAAUCAUUUCCGUCGCUUAUAUGCUGAAGUAAUGAAAAUUAAUAAUAAAAAUUGUAAUAAUUGUGGUAACUAUACAAAUUGUAGUUCUAAUAAUAAUACUAAUCAUAGUAAAUGUGGAUUUAUAAAAGAUAAAAAUAAUUUUCAAAAUGAUUGUCAAAAUUUUAAUUUAAAUUGUAAUGCUGAUUUUGAUAAAGUACAAGAAUAUGUAGAACAAAUGGAUUAUCUACGAAAUAAAAUGAUCGAGAAAAUUUUUGAAACAUUCAAUAAUCAAGAUAACCCACUUCCAUGCAAUAAUAAUAAUAAUGAAGUUGACUAUAAUAAAAAGGAGUAUAACGUGAGAAUGAGUUUAAAAGAAGAAGAUAAAUCAGUGAUCGAAAAUAUUUUGAAAAAAAAAAAAAUAAUAAAUGAAGAAUAUAAUGGAAAUGAUAAAAAUUGUGUAAAUUAUUCUGAGCAAGUUAAUAAAGAUCAUAAUGAAAUGUUUGCAAAUCAAAUACAUGAAGACAAUAGAUAUAGUAUAAGUAGUAAUGGUGAAGCAAAAUAUAAAUUAUUAAAUAAUUUCUCUUUAUUUGGUAGUAAUGUAGAAAAAAAAAAAACAAAUUAUGAUAUAGAAGAUGAUAUAAAAAAUUCAAACAUUUUCAACUAUCCCAAUAAUGAUAAGUUACAAAAUAUAAUCAACGGUGGAGAUAAUAAUAUGUAUCAAAAUAAUGAGCAUGUAAAAAAAAAUGAACAAUAUGAGCGUGAAUAUAUAUCUAAAGGGAAUGGAUCACCAAACCAAUGUGCUCAUUCAUUAGAAAUAAAAGAAUUAAAAAAAACAAUGUUAAAUUUUAUAUAUGGAAAUAAAAAAUGUGAUGAUAUAGUUAUAGGAAAAAAUUGUUUUAUUAAUGAAGCAGAAAAAAUAAUAAAUAAAUUACAAAGUAUAAAUAAAGAUUUAAAUAGAAAAUAUCAUGAUGAUAUUAUAUCCUAUUUAUUAGUUGAAAUAUAUCAUAAUAAUAUUGUAUAUAAUAAUAGUUUAAAUUUUUUAUAUAUAAAAAGUAAAAAUAUAAUAACCUAUUCAUUAAAUAAAGAUUAUUUAUAUAUAUUUGAUAGCCAAAAUAUAUUUCAUUAUUAUAGUGAUAAAUCAAUAUUUAAAAUUGUAUUUAUUGAUGAUUAUAAAGCAUUAAAUAAGUAUAAGCAUUUUACAGUUUUUAAUGUUUUAAAUAGUGAUAAAGUUUUAAAAAAUUCAUCAGUACUAAAACAUGAAAUAAAUAAACACAAAAAUGGAUUGAACAAAUUAUCCAUUAUACCAUUUAGUAAAUUAAAUAUGAACCAUUUAGUUAAUGCUUUAAUUUUUGGAUUUUUAAAAUUUAUUUUCAAUUUAAGAAAAAAAUAUCAUACCAUAAAAAAAGAUUGUUAUUGCUCAUUAUGUAAAAAUGCAAAAAAUUCAAAUUUUAUAAACAAUAUUGUAUCGUUUACUGAUCGUGGAUCAAACCCUAAUGAAUAUGAUCAAAACUUUGAUGACGACUUAGAAAGCAUUUUAUUACAAAACAAAAUUAAUGUAUUAGAUGAAUUUAUUUGUAUUAACACUAAUAAUAAUGAUGAAAAUAUUUUUUCAUAUCCAAAAAAUAAAAAUACAACAUUUGAUCGGAACAAUCAUGCCCCUGAUGAAUCCAUCAAUGAAGAUAAUAAUAAUAAUGCUAAUCUAAUUGAUAAAGAAAAAAAAAAAGAUUCAAGAGUAAAUGAUAAUAGUAGUAUUCAUCAUAUGGUAAAUACAGGUGAUAGUGGCACCAAAAAUAAUAUUACAAAUGCAAAUGCAAAUAUAAAUACUAAUGCCAACUUAAAUAAACAAAAUGUAGCACAAAAUUAUGAACCACAAUUAAAUCCAAAUAAAGGCAAAAUGAUAAAUUCAAGUAAUCAGGGUUUAGGAGAUAGUACAUUAUUAAAUUCAAAUAAUACCGAUGAAUGCAAAACAACUAUGAUUUUAAAUUUAUCAAAAAAUAAAAAUAAUGAAAGAAAUAAAGAAGACGAGGAAGAAGAUGAUGAUGGUAAUACAAAAAAUAAAAUAAAAAAUCAGGAAAAAAAAACAUAUAUUCAAAAAGAUAAAUUAAAAAUGAAUUGUAAUAAUGAAAAUAAAAAAAAUAGAGAAGGAAAUGAUUUUGAAGGACCAGAUAAUGAAGAAAGAGAAGUAAAUGAAGAAGAAGAUAAUGGUAACAAAGAAGAUGAAGUUUAUAUGCAAAUACCUGUUGCUAUUAAAAUUCAUGACUUAAAAGAUAAUAAAAAUUUAAAAAACUUUUUAAGAGAAAUAGAAAUAUAUAAAAAUUUACAAAGGUCUAAUAUAUGUAAAUUUUAUGGUAUAUGUAUAAAACAUAAUAAAUUAAUGUUAUUAUUAGAAUAUUAUGCAAAAGGAAAUCUAUUUAACUUUUUAAAAAAUAAAAAUAAAAUUCAUAAAAAACAAAGAUUAGAAUGGGCAAUGCAAAUGUGCUCUAUAGUACAUGAAUUACAUUCACAUAAUCCCCCAAUUAUUAAUGGAGAUAUUAAAACAUCAAAUAUUUUAAUAAAUAAUAAUAUGGAUUUAGUAAUGUGUGAUUUUGGAAAAGCACGAUUUAAAAAUUCAAAACUUUAUAGUAAUUUUGGUUCAUACAGAUAUAUGGCUCCUGAAACUUUUAGUUGUACAUCCGAAGUUACUGAAAAAAUUGAUAUAUGGAGUUUAGCUUGUUGUAUUGUUGAAAUAUUUUGUAGUAAAUAUCCAUAUUAUAAUUUUUCAAAAAAUACUAAAAUACGUCAUGAAUUAAUAGUUAAUAAAAGAACUCCACAUAUUCCAAGCUUUUUACCAAAUUCUAUAAAAAAAUGUUUACAAAAAUGUUUCAGCUUUAACCCAGAAGAACGUCCAUGUGCUUAUGAAAUGUACAAAGCACUAAAAAAAAUUAAGGUUGUUGAAUAG